UCGCGUGUUGCUGCUCUGCGCAGGUGGUCUCUUAGCAGACAGGUGAGAGACAUCCUGCAGUCAGAGCUCUGAGUUCCAGCUGUUAGUUUCUUCUUUGCCUUUGGUGUGGUGGCUCCUAAGAGUGGAGGGAGAGCAGGAGGAGUGCUGAGACCAGGAGUGAAGAGACCACAGGCAGCAGUGCCGUGUGUAUGUGACAUUCGUUAUGGGAAGCAACCGUUACAAGCUGGUGGUAACUGUGCUGCUGGUGUUGGGCACCGGGAGGACAACAGCCCUGCAGAAUGCCUGUGACAAGUGUGAGGCUGGCACGUUCUGCAGGAACCACAAUCCGGUCUGCACCAGCUGUCCUCCAAGAACCUACUCCAGCACAGGUGGACAGCCAAAGUGUGACAUCUGCAAAGUGUGUGAAGGUUAUUUCAGGUUGAAGAGGCCUUGCACGCCCACCAGCAAUGCAGAGUGUGAAUGCACGGAAGGCUUCCACUGCUGGGGGCCAGACUGCGCCAUGUGUGAGAAGGACUGCCAGCCGGGCCAGGAGUUAACGGCGCAGGGUUGUAAGAGUUGUGGCUUCGGCACAUUUAAUAAUCAGAGCGCUAGCGGCGUCUGCCGACCGUGGACAAACUGUUCUCUACAUGGACAGUCUGUGCUUAAGAAUGGGACCAGCGAGACAGAUGUGGUCUGUGGACCUGUUUUGGUCAGCAUCUUCCCAGGUACCUCCCCCACAACCGUUCCUACUCCGGAGAGACUAUCAGGAGAGCGCUCCAUGAAUGUCCUCACCUUGUUCCUGGCGUUGACAUCGGCCGUGCUGCUGUUCCUGCUCUUCAUCAUUCUCGGGCUCUCCGUGGCCAGAUGGAUCAGAAAGGAAUCCCUCUACAUAAUCAAGCACCCAUUUAAGAAGGCAGUUCAAAUGGCUCAAGAGGAAGACGCCUGUAGCUGCCGAUUUCCACAGGAAGAAGAAGGGGAGGAGGCUAUGAGCUAUGACGCGCUGUCCUAGAAGAUGUGGGGAUCCUCAGGAAAGUGAGGAGAAGCAGCACUAGGACCCCCCAUCCUGAUGAGCAGCACACAGUACCCCACACUCUGCUCUCAACCACCACCCUAGAUGAGGUGUCCACACGCACCCAUCCGAAUCCCUUCUACUGCUGUUCUAGUUUAUUUUAAAUCCUUGUUAGAUUUUAAAUUUGUAUGUGUAUUACUGUUUCGCCUGCGUGAGUGCAUGUGUGUGUACAUGAGUCUUUCCUGAUGCGUGAAGAGGGUCGGGGGGUUGGAUCCCGAAGAACUGGGGUUAUGGAAGGCUGUGACCCACCAUGUGGGUGCUAGGAAUCAAACCAGGUCCUUUGCCAGGGCAGCCAGGGCUCUUAACCACCACAGCAUCUCUCCAGCCCUUGACAUUUUUCAUAGGAGUGUGGGAGAAGCAGGGGGUGAAGGAGCAAGUUCUCGACUCUCCUUAGCAAGGUAGAUAUGUUGUUUUCUUCAAGCCAGGGUUUCCCUGUAUUAACAGAGCCUUGGCUGUCCCGGACCCUCAUUACAGACCAGGUUGGACUCGAACCCACAGAGAUCUGCCUGCCUCUGCCUCCCGAGUACUGGGAUUAAAGGCAUGAGCCACCAUGCCCAGCUCAUACAAAUGUCUAAUUAAGAAAACCGUUUCAGUUCGAUCACAUAGACCAAUGGUCCAGCUUAAAUCACUGUGAAAUUAAUGUAGGUGUACAUGUGUGUUCGUGUAUGUAAAUAUGCAUGACGGUAAGAAGCAGUAGUUUCCCCGACCAAAUUUCCAUCUAGUUUCUCACUACUCCAUCACCCUCCACUGUCUGGGGAGGGGGAGGCCCAUGUGUCUCUGUGGAAAAGGCCUGUUCGAGGGGGGCUCUUCAGAGGCGGUCAGGAGUCUGCCUCUCUUGUGCCCUCAUCUCCUCCAUCCCUCUGUGUCAGGCUCAUCAGUGAACGGGCCACACAGGGAAGGUGCAAGGCGCUUCAAGGAGGGAGGCCUGUGAGCCGCCGAGGAGCAAGUCCUCCCAACCAGCCAGAGUCAGACCUUGCCUGCCUUGGCUCAAGCGCUAAGAAUGGUUUUUACUUGUAUUGAUCUGAGACCGCAUCUGUGUUCCCCGACUGUCCGGAACUCACUGUGUACACCACACUAGCCCUGAUCUUACAGAAAUCCUCCUGCCUCUUCCAGAGCACCAGGAUUAAACCUGUGCCAUCACACCCAGCUAUCCUUUCAGUUUUUGAAAAAAACACACAAAAAUAUAAGAAUUGGGCUCUUGUAAAAUGUAAGCCUCCUUUUCUCUUGGUUCCUGAAAUCCUUAUCGCAUAGUUAGGCACCAGAUAAUGGAGCUGCGUGUUUUGAGCUUUCUGAUAGCAUGCUGCUCGGUGGCAGCUGUGAGCUGCUUGAAUCAUUCAGCAUUGUAUGUGACUCCUGUUGCUCUGUGCCGCAUCCGUGGUGUCCUCUUCUCAGAGACCAGCUGCCGUAAUUUACGAGUCUGUCCUCCCCAGAGCUACAUUCAGGUACCUCAGCAGCUUUUCAGAGCCCCAGGGAUCUCCGAGGCUCCACCUUUCCCAGAGCCGGGAUGAGUGCAUGUUAGCACACAGGGGUUCUGGGGAUGGAACUCAGCAAGUGUGUACUCAGCUGAGCGCCUCCCCUAGCUCAUUUCCUACUGUGAUCGCAGGCCUGUUCUAGCUAUGGCUCUAUGUUACGGCUCCAGGCUCAU